CACGCGGCAGCCGGGCCACGCGCCUCAUGUUUAUGGAUUUCGUUUUCAUACUAACCCGCCGACAGAUGCCCCUGAGUUACUACCGUCCCUACCACUAUCUCUGACGACAUAUACGGCAUGACUCCGCCGAGCGCACACCUUGUGAUCUGGUCUGAUGCCUCCUUCCCCGGCGAGCUGAUUCCGAGCCCCUCCGACGCCGCCGGCAGGCCGGCCCUUCCUCUCCUCCGCCUACCCCGCUAGCCCCCUCACUCGCUCGAGGCUGCGCGCACGUACGUCCUCCUCCCGGCCGGCCCCUACAUCCAUCUCUUGUCAUCGGCGAUGUGGCCUCAUCUUCUACUGCUUCUGCUGCCCUACGCAUUCCAAUCGGCAUCAGCAACAGCACUCGACGAUAAGCCCGAUGUGGAUGCCUUGCUGGGUGGUAAACUGCCCUCUGACUUGGGGGAUCACGUCCCGCGCCUCAUGGGCCUGUUCCUCGGCGGGUUGAACAGCUUCUCUCGUCAAUGCAACUCAGAUAAGGUUUCUAGACAUCACCGGAACAGUGCCUCCUGAGAUUGGAAUGCUCUGCCCAGAAGUCCUCAAUUUUGAGAGUAAUCAGCUAAUGGCAGCCACUGCUCAGGACUGGGAGUUUAUGACAUUCCUCACAAACUGCACACGCCUCAGGAACCUUUGCAUCCAGGCCAACGCGCUAGGUGGCGUGCUGCCAAGCUCAGUUGGCAACCUAUCAGCACAUCUCCAACAGUUUAUUUUUGGAUUUAAUGAAAUUUCUGGCAAAUUACCAUUUGGCAUAAGCAAUCUUGUCGGACUAAAUGUGUUGGACUUCCCUCACAACCAAUUUACUGAUGUCUUGCCUGACAGCAUCGGAAGGCUAAAUUUGCUUCAGCAAUUGUAUUUCAAUAAUAAUCAGUUUUCAGGAUCCUUGCCAUCCUCCCUCGGGAACUUGACACGGCUGCUAGUUCUUUCAGCCGGCAGCAAUAAGUUUAAGGGGGGCCUUCCAACAGGCCUAGGGAACCUCCAGGAGAUAACUGAAGCGGACUUUUCAAACAAUAAGUUUUCAGGUCCAUUACCAAAAGAGAUCUUUAACCUAUCAACCCUGUCAAAUACACUGGUUGUUCCAAAAGCUUUUUAGCUGAGUGUGAGGCACUUAGUAAGGUUCGCCAUCGUUAUUUGAUCAGUGUCAUAACUUGCUGCUCAAGCUCUGACUCAAGCCAAAACGACUUCAAAGCUCUUAUGUUCGAGUUCAUGCCCAAUGGGAACCUGGACAGCUGGUUACAUCCGGAUGUACAUGAUGCAUCACAGCAACUGCAAGGAUUGACAUUGAUUCAGAGAUUAAAUAUUGCAGUCGGUAUUGCUGAUGCACUAGAUUAUUUGCACAACAACUGUGAACCGCCAAUAGUUCACUGCGACCUGAAGCCAAGCAACAUUCUUCUCAACGAGGAUUUAGUUGCUCAUGUUGGAGACUUUGGCCUUGCAAAGAUUAUUUCCGAACCAGCAGCCGAGCAACUGAUUAACUCAAAGAGCUCGACUGGAAUAAGAGGAACAAUUGGUUACGUCGCUCCAGAAUAUGGCGAAGGUGGUCAAGUUUCUUCACGUGGGGACGUAUACAGCUUUGGGAGUGUCGUCCUCGAGUUGUUUAUAGGCAAGGCACCUACUCAUGACAUGUUCAGAGACGGGUUGACCCUGCAAAAACAUGCCAAGGAUGCAUUUCCAGGGAUGCUGAUGCAGAUCGUCGAUCCAGUCCUACUGUCCAUUGAAGAAGCUAGUGCGAGUAGUUUGCUGGAUGGAAGCAACCCAAUGGAACAUACCAGCAAUGCCAUAUCCUCUGUCAUAGAGGUUGCCCUGUCAUGCAGCAAGCAUGCACCCACCGAGAGAAUGUGCAUAGGAGAUGCAGCUGCUGCGAUCCAUAGGAUAAGGGAUAGCUAUGUUAGAAUAACACAAAAAUGAGUAGCAACUAACAGGGUUGGCAGUAUACAGCGCAAGACCUUAUGCUGAAACAUCCAGGCCAUGUACACUUAAUUGGCUUUAUGGUGGUUAUGUUUGGCAUUGUAAGCUUGGUUUUGGUUUGUUCGUUUCUGGCUCGUCAUGUUUGCCUGUUGAUCUGUCCUUUCCACCUUAUGUGUCAAGUUCCGUACUAAGAACUGGUAAAUUACGUA